GUGUGUGUAGGUGCUCAAGUGUGUGUGCGUGUGUGCGUGAGGAGCUGUCGUCGUUGUCGUCGUCUUCGCUCUCGUCCACGUCUUGACUGGAGCCCCGAACCAAAGAGUCGUCACAACGUCGUCGUCAGCAAAACCCACGACUUCAGCCGCUGCUGCCGCCGCCGCCGCCGCCGCGUCCAAGGUAAAAACCCAGCGUCAAACAUCCACGCAAAGUCCACCACCAGGGGGAGCAGCAGCAGCAGCAGCGGGAGCAACAGCAGCAACAACAACACGCAGCGGCGUACGCAGCGGCCAUCGGCGUCGCAGUAGCAGCAGUAAUCCAAACGCCGGCAACACGAAAGCGACCAGCGGCAGCGGUGGAGCUGGCUGCGCCGGCGUCGCUGGUGGCGGUGGUGGUGGUGGUGGCGGUGGCGUUGGAGUUGCUGGAGGUGGCGGUGGCACAGCCAACAUUAAGCAAAGCGUCAGUCGCAAUAGCAACAUACGCAGCAGCUCCUCCAACAGCACCAUGGCAUCGGCUAAUCAUCGAGGCGGACGUGGCGGCAUCGCCGGCGCCGGCGCUGGCGUUGGCGAUGGCAAUGCGGCUGGCUUGCAGUUCGGUUCCGCCUGGUUUCAGCGCAAAAUCAAUCUAAGGCCGCAGCAUCGCGGCGUCCAUUUGGUCACCGAAGAGAUACUUAGACAAAUGCCGGAGCUGACACAAUUCUCUGUGGGAUUAUGUCACAUGCAAAUACUUCACACCUCGGCGAGUUUAGCGUUAAACGAGAGUUGGGAUCCAGACGUCAGAGACGAUAUGGAAAUGAUGUUGAAUAAAAUAGUUCCCGAAGGUUUGCCCUACAGGCAUUCGUGCGAAGGACCCGACGAUAUGCCCGCACACGUGAAGGCCUGCUUUCUGGGCAGCUCACUGACAAUCCCCAUUACCGAUGGCAAACUCUCGCUGGGCACCUGGCAGGGCGUUUGGCUGUGCGAGCAUCGCGAUCAGGCCGGUAGCCGUAAGCUGGUAAUCACACUCACUGGCUGUCCGCGCGAACAGGCUGUCCGUAGCCCGCUGUCACCCGUCUCGCCCAUCGCUAGUACCUCCAGUUAGGGGCGGCCUCGCUCCACCCGCGACAGCCGGUAAUCGCGGGGGAGCGACAAUAAUGACAUCAUUUCGUCGAGGAAGUUGAUUUUACAAAAGAAUUUAGCUAGGGCCACAGCACAGCAGCGAGCGGCGGCCGUUAUAGCCGCCGGACAUGGUUUAAUUGGAGCAACUGCAUCCGUUGCGGCACCGGCGCCACCAGGCGCUGUGCCCAUCGAUACGAAGACGCAACGUUUGCUGUUGCGGCAGCGUUUACAUUUGAAUUUGAAUUUAAAUGUUACUGAAACGCUGCAGGAUGGCGUUGAUAUUGAUGAUGUUGAUGAGGAUGUCUGCGACGACGAAGAUGAUGACAAUGAUAAUGAUGAUGAUGUGGAUGACAAUAAGACUGCAUCCAUUGAUGAUCGAAGCGUUGUCAUUGUUGACAACGUUGCGGAUGUCGUCGAUGCUCAGGGCAGUGGGCGUCGCCGUGUUGGUGAUAAUAUACAAACCGUCACAACAGUGCCUCAAACCAAACAACAACAACUAAGACAUAAGAUCACCGCAGCAACAACAACAACAACAACAGAAACAACCAGCUCAUCAACAGCAUCUAGCGCAUUAGCUAAAUUCAAUCGUAUACUCGACUCUGCUAAACUGGAACCACAUCGCGCCUCGUCAGCGUUCAGCAGCGCAACGCUGCAGCAACGCCUGGCGCUGGCUUAUCCAGAGCUGCAACAACAACAACCACAGCAACAACAACAGCAGCAGCAGCAGCACCACGAGUUGCGACAAAUCGACAACCUCACACGUAGCACAAGUCGUGGCAUUGCCGUCGUUAGCACUCCAUUAACAUUGCAAGCACUAGACACAAUAAAAACUAAGACGACGGCAAUGUUAGAACAACAGCAACAGUUGCUGCAACAGCAGCAACAACACGACGCCGCUGAUUAUACGAAACGAAAUGAUGUGCAUUAUUUGUUGAAACAGUUAAAUAGUUUUAGUGAUAUAGAAGAAAUAGAAAUUGUUGAUAUGAAGCAAAGACAGCAGCGACAGCAACAGCAACAGCAGCAGCAGCACUACCACCACAAACAGCAGCAAGAACAACGCACAAGCAGAACCUCUGCAGCUGCACCUGCUGGCUGCUCUAGUUCUUUAGAGCUGAUGCCCAUGUCCCGUUCCAUGUUGCCCAUAGCCUUGGGCUCGCCAUCGACACAGUCGCACAAGGGCAACUUUAUGGGUCAUGCUGGCGACAGUACGACACGUUUGCAAUUCGAUGAUUAUUUAUUCGAAUCGUGUCAUUAUCUGGAGACAAACUAUUUUGCCGCUACCUAUCGCACUGCCAUGGUCGAGAGCAGCUCGCACGAGUUCCGGCCCUCGACCACAACGCCGACGAGCACGCGCUCGGACAGCUUUGAGCUGCACGAACUGGAGCCGCCGAGCGUUAUAUGCAAGGCGGCACCCAUGCUGGAUUAUCAUGCCACAUCGCCGCCGCCCUAUCAGGCAGAGGUGCGCAUGACCAGCAGCGGCGUCCAGACGGAGCUCACGGUCGAGUCGCAGCUCAGCCAUAGCGGCAGCUCGAGUUCAGGUGGCUCGCCGCAUGUGCCGCCCUUCUUCAUAUGCUGCUACACGCCUAUUGAUCGUUGGCGGGCAAGGCGUAUGGGCGCGGCAGCUGCCGCCAAGCGUGCUAAUCCAGAGAAGAACGGCCAUGCUGUCUGACAGUAAAUGAAUUUAUUACAAAUUAAAGAGAAGCGAAAAUAACUAAGCGUCAGCUGCGCUGUUUCAUUUGCGAUAUCAACAAACGAUUCCAUUUCGAAGACAGUCAAUACACAAAACUUCGCCUAAUAUUCAUUUAAAAAACGUUUAAAACAAAAACAUGUACAAUUUUUUAUACACACCUACACACACACCCACACACAACCAAACAAUCGCACAUUUUUGCAAUACACACACAAAAAAAAUAUGAUAAACAUUUUGAUAGACUUAAAACUCAAAACGAAAAUAAACUCAUUUGGAAAUGUUGUAUAAAUAAUGAAAUGAAAAGCAAAUUUCAAG